UAACCAUUUAAACGACGACGCGUCAUUUAUCUUCAUUUUUCAUUAUUUAUUGGAGAUCCACGCCGCACCAACUCAGUUUGAGUGGGAAAAUGACGAAGAGAGCCGUGUUGAUCGGAAUCAAUUAUCCCGGCACCAAGGCCGAAUUGAAAGGAUGUAUUAACGACGUUAGAAGAAUGUACUCUUCUCUCCUCAACCGUUAUGGUUUUCCGGAGGAAAACAUUGUGGUGUUGAUCGAUACGGACGAUCGCUACACUCAGCCAACUGGCAGGAAUAUCCGUAGAGCUUUGAACGAUCUGGUGCGAUCGGCUGAGCCUGGAGACUUUCUAUUUGUUCACUACAGUGGUCACGGGACUCGGCUUCCGGCUGAGACUGGAGAGGACGAUGAUACUGGUUAUGAUGAGUGCAUUGUUCCCUGUGAUAUGAAUCUUAUUACUGAUGAAGAUUUCAGGGAGUUUGUGGACAAAAUCCCAGGAGGUUGCCGUGUAACAAUUGUAUCCGAUUCAUGUCACAGUGGUGGCCUUAUUGAAGAUGCUAAGGAGCAGAUUGGGGAAAGCACGAGGCGUCAAGAGGAGGAAUCGGAUUCUGGUUUUGACUUCAAAGGCUUCUUACACCAGAAAUUGGAAAAUGCAUUUGAAUCUCGUGGAAUUCAUGUUCCUUCUGGGCUGCGUCAUCACCACCAUAGGCGUGAAGAUGAUGAUGAGAGAGAUGUUGAAUCGGAUUACGGUGAGCUAGGGUAUGUGAAGAACAAAUCCUUACCCCUCUCCACUCUUAUAGAAAUACUAAAGGAGAAAACUGGUAAAGAUGAUAUUGAUGUUGGGAAGAUAAGGCCAACCCUUUUUGAUAUGUUUGGUGAAGAUGCAAGCCCUAAAGUGAAGAAAUUUAUGAAUGUAAUAUUCAACAAACUUCAACAAGAACAAGGCAAUGGUGGGUUCUUGGGCAUGGUUGGCAGUCUGGCUCAAGAAUUUCUGAAGCAUAAGCUGGAAGAGAACAACGAGGAGUAUGCAAAACCUGCCUUGGAGACCAAAGUAGAUAGCAAGGAGGAGGUUUAUGCUGGAUCUGGUAAGCGUUCACUUCCCGAUGCAGGGAUUCUAAUCAGUGGGUGUCAGACUGACCAAACAUCUGCGGAUGCCAGUCCUUCUGGCCAUGCCCAUGAAGCUUAUGGAGCUCUCAGCAAUGCAGUUCAGAUCAUAAUUGAGGAGACAGAUGGUGAAAUUAGUAAUCAAGAGCUUGUUUUAAAGGCUAGGAAGAUGCUGAAGAAGCAGGGUUUCAGUCAGCGCCCUGGCCUCUAUUGCUCUGACGAACAUGUUGACAAGCCGUUUGUGUGCUAAUCAUCUCAAUAUGUAUAUGAGCAUGAGACGAGAAAUAAGUUGAACAGGAAUAUGCUGGUGUGUGUGAUUUAUCUUUGUUUUGAUUACUGUUGCAUGCGCUAUAGAGAAGGAGUGUCUUUCGUUUAAUCAUAUUUGUGGACUAAUUUUAUGAGUUGAAUUAUUAACAGUUGAAUCAAAUAUGUAUUAAAAAUCUAAUUUUUCUAA